AUGUCCGCGGAAGUCCCCGAGGCAGCCUCAGCGGAGAAGCAGAAGGUACCACUGGCAGAACCUUAUAGGAAUUCAAGAAGGGAAAUGGAAGACAGAGUGACUAGUCCAGAGAAAGCUGAAGAAGCAAAAUUAAAAGCAAGGUAUCCUCAUCUGGGACAAAAGCCUGGAGGUUCAGAUUUUUUAAGGAAACAACUGCAGAAAGGGCAAAAAUAUUUUGAUUCUGGGAAUUACAACAUGGCUAAAGCAAAAAUGAAGAACAAGCAACUUCCUACUGUAGCUCCGGAUAAGACAGAGGUCACUGGUGACCACAUUCCCACUCCACAGGACCUUCCUCAAUGGAUACCAUCUCUUGUUGCUAGCAAGCUGGCUGGCUGAUUAAAAGAGCUGAACUGCAUGAAUCUUCUAAUUUCCAUUAUUUCUCCUUAAUAUGUUAUUUCUCCACUUUUUAUUUCCUUUCACUCACUA